AUGCGAUAAAUGGAGAAAAUGCAGGCUGCUGUAAUUUUGACUGCUGCCACUGUGACGUUGGCUCUUGACAAUGUUGCAUCUGCUGGAGCGUUUGAAUGCGAAGCUGAUCAUCAAUGUGAUAGUGGAUACUGUUAUUUGGAGACUGGUAAAUGUGUGCCUUGCAUUGAUUGUGCAAGUUACUUGCGACAGACAUCUCAGUGGCGAACUUGUGCCCGGGGGCCCCAAGACUGUGGAGAGUGUCUAGCAGGGUUUGAGUAUGAAUAUCUGACUGAUGGAACUGCUCGAAGCUUUUGUGUUCGCAAAAAGGAAAUUGAAUAUGGAAUAUGGAAUGGUAGGGUACUUAUUCACAGAUUUUACAAAGGAGUUAAAGCAAGGUCUUCAGUUCAGAACAAUGAUCCAAAUCCAGAAGAUCCUCCUCCUCUGAGUGCUGAUAAUGAAAUACCUCCUCCAUCUUACGACAGUUCGGUACCAUUGUUGCAACCAUCAGGUGUAUCCUCGGCUCUCUGCACAUCUUUAAUUGUAGUGGAGAAAGAAGGAAGUUCUUUGCAACAAGCUGUUCCUUUCACUAUUCCUGAUCCUCCAUAUGGAACUGGUGGACUGAUAGAAUUUGAAAAUGAAGCUCAAGAUUCAGAAGCAGAGGAUAUCCACCAACUUCAAGACAGUGAUGCGAGUGAUGACAACGAAGCUCCUAGAGCUAUAUCACCACCCCAGUUAGAAGAUGAAGACACAAUGCCUAGUGACUGGGUACCAUUCAGAGAGUCCACUGCUGUGACUGAAGAAGCAUCUUUUGAAGAACGUAGUUCAGUUGCUAGUUCCCUUUCUGACAUAAGUGAAGGGGCCGCGUCACCUUCUGCUGGCCAGGAAGUUUUGAAUGACUCAGGUGUAUCAGCCUCGUGCAGUCAUCAAUCAGACUUAUCUUUUGCACAUGGAGUUGAAGGACUUGAUAUCUUGAGCAGCAGCCAAGAUUCCACUGCCAAUAGUAUUCACUCUGCCUUGCAACGUCGGCGCUCCGAAGAAGAUCUCAGCUUAGCAGAUAGGAAGAGGCAGCGGCGUGAUUCAGGAUCCUCAUCUAUGAUAUCUGUGGAGACCUAUAGAGAAAAGGCUUAAAUUCAUUCUUUUAUCACCCUUUUUUAAAAAUUCAUUUUAGAAGUAAAUUGUUCAAAAUUAUAUUUAAGUAAUAUAUCUGUAGGCCUUACUUUGUAAGUAGUUGUUUCAGUAUGUCUUAUGAAUUAAGUCAUUUAUAAUCAUAAUUAGGGGGCGGAUUUUGAUGACCCAAACAUCAUCAAAACUGAUCAAUAAAAUGUUCAUAAAAUGUUUUUAAAAUGCUCCAAAAGCAAAGAAAAGUGAGGUAAAAAAAUGUGAUCAAAACCAUUUUUAAUGAACUGACUAAAGCUAGUUGAUAUGUUACUGAUGUAAUCGAGGCUUCUUGUAUUCAUUCAUGUGAACUCCGCUUUCAAACUUUUGGUUAGGGGUGUUCUUUACUGGAAAAUUUUUGUCUUUGGUUAUCCUGAAAUUGCCUGAACUGCCAUUUGGUAUGGACAGACAUCACAGGAACCUUAGAUUACAUAUUCACAAUGGCUGACAUUACAACUUCUGAGCAAAGAAAUGGAAUAGGUUGCCAGGUAUAGGUACUCAGGAAUUCUGUGGAGAAUAUUUGUUGCAAAUCGUAAAUAUAAUUUGAAGCAAGUUCCAUUAAAAUGAUGUUUAAAUCUAUUGAUAUCAGUGAAAAAUGCAUUAAAAAUUACGGAAAAAUGGAAAAAUUGACUUAUUAGUUGAAUUUGAUGAAAAAUGCAUCAUUUCCUUUUGUCAUAACAUAAAAUGAAUUUCUGAAUUACACUGCAUGUUUGUAAUGUGAAAAGAAGAAAAACUUGUCAUUUCGUUAAAAUCCGUCCCCUAAUAAUUUUUAUAUUAACUAUGACUUUUGUCAUUUUGCAAGAUCUGUUGGAAUAACAUCAAGUGUUCAUUGCUCAUCUCCACUGAAGUUUCCAAGAGAGAAGACAACUCUUGGUGAUUUUUAUAUUUCCGUAUUAAAAAGUUCUUACUCUAAUAAGUUGUUUUGUAGUUUAUGUCAAACUUCUAGCUCUCUUUUUUCUUAAGGUAUAGUUAAAUUGCUUCUUGUUAGAUGAAUUUCAUGAAGAAGAUUAAAUCUACAGUGUUUCUCAAACAUAAAUUGUGUGUGUUUAAUGUGUGAAGUGUGAAAAUGUGAUUUGAACUGUUAUGAAGAUUGUUAUUUUAAAAUAUGAAAUAUUAUUGCUUUUGUGAGAAAAGUGAUUAAUUUGUCAGAAAUAUUUUUGUGGACAAAAUUUAUUAAACAUCACUGUUAGUGUUCCUAAUCUGUGAUUAUUUCUUUUCCUAAGUUUGUUUUUUAAAAUUUCAUUAUAGUCAUGUUUUGUCAAGUAUAGUUAACAAUCUCACGUAUCAUGGAUAAUAAAUUACUUGCUUUUAAAUAAUUACUUGCUUUGUGAUGCGUGAUGAAAUUUUAUAUUUAUAAUUCUUUGGCUGAAAGCUAUUGAAGUAAAAUGGAUGCUGCUGUAGUGAAGUACAGUUUAAUAUUAAUUGAGGAAUUUGGUGUUCUGGUAGAACAUGUUUACAAUAUUUUAUCUGGUAUGCUUGAAGGAAGCUGAAAUGAACAACAGUCAACUGGAAGCGAAGUAAAUAUGCUACAAAAAUAAAAUGUAUAGUCCAGGUUGGUAGACUAUUUACCUCAUUAUAUUUUGUGUGUUUGUAAUUUACACAACACUGUUUGGCUGAGAAUGUAUAGACUUGUGUUUUGAAUGGGGUGGAAAAUGAUGACAAUCAGUAUUGCAACUUUAUUUAAGGAUUCAUUAAUUCUUAUCUAUUCUAAAGUUAAAAUUGUUAAUUUAGGUAUUCUGUAACUUGUAUAUAAUUUUCUAUAAUAUAUUUAGAUGGUAUACGUCAUGG